UCUGUUUUACAUAUAAGUAUAAACAUGGAAAUUCAUAAUUUACUAGAUAGGAAUAGUUACUCUAUAAAUAUCUACUCUGGGAUUUCACAUGUUUAUUGUACUGUAAAUGUCUUUAAAAAGUCAUUCCAUUAUUUAAAAUGGUUUAAUAUACAAUGUAGAAUUUAAUCCUUAGAAUGUCAGACCUGAUCAUGUGCAUUAUGAAGGAGAUUUAAUAAAGUUAAUAUAGGGCUUAUAUUGCUGUAAUGUUAUUAAACAUUUGUUACAUUCAUAUUAUUGUAUAAUAUUAUUUGGGCUAUUCAGUAGAUACUUUUUUUAAAUUUUUUUUUUUUUUUUUGCUAAUAUACUGAUCUAGCUUCAUUUUCUACUGAUUAUGCCGCGUCAUGCUGACUUUGCAAAAUGUGACACACCCAUCAAAAGUUGUAUAAACUGUUCCUCACUCUGAUCUGCCCCAGUGCGUUUUUGCUCUGAUCCAGUGCUGGCGUUUUCCGUUGAGCUCUGGACUGAUCCAUUCCUGCUUUUCAUCUGCUUUCUGCUGUGAUCCACUCCGGGUUUUCAGCUGCGUUCUGCUGUGAUCCAUUCCUGCUUUUCAUCUGCUUUCUGCUUUGGUCAACUCCGGGUUUUCAGCUGCUUUCUGCUGUGAUCCAUUCCUGCUUUUCAUCUGCUUUCUGCUUUGGUCAACUCCGGGUUUUCAGCUGCUUUCUGCUGUGAUCCAUUCCUGCUUUUCAUCUGUUUUCUGCUGUGAUCCAGUCCGGGUUUUCAGCUGCGUUCUGCUGUGAUCCACUCCGGGUUUUCAGCUGCUUUCUGCUGUGAUCCACUCCGGGUUUUCAGCUGCUUUCUGCUGUGAUCCAUUCCUGCUUUUCAUCUGUUUUCUGUUGUGAUCCACUCUGGGUUUCAGCUGCGUUCUGCUGUGAUCCACUCCGGGUUUUCAGCUGCUUUCUGCUGUGAUCCACUCCGGGUUUUCAGCAGCGUUCCUCUGUGAUCCACUCCGGGUUUUCAGCAGCGUUCCUCUGUGAUCCACUCCGGGUUUUCAGCUACUUUCCUUUGUGAUUCACUCCGGGUUUUCAGUUGCGCUCUGCAGGCUCACUGACGCUUUCAUUCUCUCUGAAUGAACUCAACGCUAACCGUAAACGCAAAGUCAUACCAAACAACGGAGCGCUGCUGUGUGGAGCCACGCUGACAUCAUUAAUAGCACGAAGACAGUCCCACGGCCAUAUUUUUUGCAACAUAAUCAGUGUAGGUUGCUGAAUAUGGAGGUCAGUACCAACGUGAAGUUGUUUCUCGAUCACGCUACGACUCUGAAGCUGCACACAGGGAACGUAGUGAACCGCUCACGGCUUAAGAAAUGUCCUUCUUCGCAAAGUGAGGAGCUUCAAGAUUGCAUCCGAGGAACACUUAGCGAGUGGCUUGCGACGUUACCCGAAACACCCGAAAUAGAUUUGCCCAGCGCUCUGGACUGCACGAUCCCACAGAAUAUAGAACCGAUCACACCAGAGGAGAGAGAGGAACUGAGGGUGUCUGUCAAGCUGUUUCUCACUGAGUCUGAUUGCUCAUCGAUAAAAGAUGCAGUGGACAUGGCGUGCGUGUCGUUAGGUGUGUCUCAGCUGGAUUCAGUUAUCAUCGCACCUCCUCCACUGCCCGAGGGUGAGACUCUGACCCUGGCUCACCUUCAACCACUGUGGGCCGAGCUGGAAAAAAUCGUUCAGAGCCAAAAAGCUGCUUCCAUUGGCACCUCAGACCUGGACAAGACUCAGCUAGAAGAGCUGUACAACUGGGCACAGGUUAAACCGAGCAGUAACCAGGUAAAUCUGGCCUCCUGCUGUGUGAUGCCUCCUGACCUCACUGCAUUCGCUAAAGAGUUCGACAUCCAGCUGCUGACACACAAUGACUCCAAAGAGCUCCUCAGUUCAGCAGGCUUUCAGGAGGCCAUGCAGGAGAGCUACAAGGACCUGCAGGUGGCAGACUGGCUGCUCGACUGGGUCUUGCGCUACUCCAUCAUUGUCAAGAGCCGAGGCAUCAUCAAAGCCAAGGGAUACCUCGUUCAUGCACGCAAGAGCACCAAAUAGCACCUCAUGAUCUGAAUCACAGUGCACCUCAUGCCUAGAUUUUUUAGCUUGCUACUAAGUUCAUCAAUGAAAUGUAUUUGUGUUUCAUAUUUCCUCAUCACUGAAGGCUGAAAUUCAGCCUUUGACCUCAGUCAUGCUGUGAAAUGUUUUUUCAAGCACUUGACUUCUUAGUGCUGAAAAUCUGAUCUGAUCUGUCCAACCUUUACACCCUGUACUUCUGCAGCCUGAUUUUACAUUACAUUACAUUACAUUUUAGUUAAUGAUUUUACAUUAUGUAGAUAACUAACUAACAGUUUCCAGCCAGUAAUGAAAGAGAAACACUAUAAUACUGAGAUUUAGCAAAAUGAUAGGGGGUGGGAUCUAAAUGAUGGUAAAAGGGCUCAUAAGUCAUUUUAAUAAAAAAAAAGGGGGGGGGGGGGUAUAUGUUUUGGAAAGCAUAUAAUUUUACAUCAAAGUAAAGAAGAAAUUGCUGUUUUCUUGUGUGUUUGACCUGGUAGCUAAGGGUGGUACAGUUUACUAAGAAAGAGCUUUUACAUGAUGCUUCAUAAUUAUCAAUUAAUUUAGUUUAUUUUCUAGAAUGUCUAUGAAAACCCUGUUGGUGCUUUGUGUCACUUAUAGUGUGUAACCCUAGCCUUAAAAUAUGUGUUAGAUGUGGUUACUUGUCAUUUCCUGAUUAUGAGAUUCAAAUAUUGCAUCAGCCAUGGGCAAACGUUUUACAUAUAUGAAAACCAGCAUGUUUUCAUUGUAUAUGAAUAAGAAAUGGCAAGAUACCACUCUAUGGAAAUGUUUUCUUUCAGUAUUGAAGUCGAACCAAAAUACUUGUUUAUUUAUUUGUCACAGACACAUGAGGGUCCAUUGGCUACUGUACAUGUAAUUAUGGUUGUAAAAUGUUCCCUGUUUCACAUUUUUAAUUGGGUUGAUAAAGAUAACAU